AUGGAUUCCUCCUAUCACGAGAAGAAGCAGCCACGUGCUGUGCACGUCCAGGAAAUUGAACUUCUUCCGCAUUCUGUAGGUGUUGACCCGGUGUCCACUGCAGUUACCAUUCUUUGGCAUUCAACCAAGUCACAAAGAAUUGCAGGUAGUCAGGCAUUUACCCAGAGUGGUGUAUGCUACCGCUUGACGCGAGAUACCAACAGGCCGAGGCACAACAGCCCAGAGUCUACACACCGGCUCUCCCGGUUUCAGCAACUUCUCAAUCUCAUUAGCCAGUACCCAAAAGAGGUUCGUAAAGUCCGCUUGAUCGGGCUUAACGAGGACCCUGCGAUUAAAAUCAGCACACUGCCAGGAGAAGUCCACCCACCCACCCACCCACCCACCCUGCCGGGUGCUGCUACUGGUGGAUCUCCUGUAGAGUCCCCAAGCACUCCAGUCACUCAGUUGGCUUCUUUGGGAUCUGCCAUCGAGCCAGAGUUUGCUCCAGGAAUUAACCUGGUUGUGUCUCAUGGCCGGAUCCCAGAAUGA